AUGCCGUUCGAAGGUGCAUUUGGUGCAAGUAGUACUCCGCAAAGAAGCACAGCGCCGGACAUUCGGCGGCAGCGCAGCGCAGGUCGCCACAUUAUUGCGCGUAUUCCACCGCCCUUCUACGAUGAGAAACGCAUGGUGCACACGCCGCAGCCCCCAACGCCAGCGCCAGCGAUGCACCAGGCAGAUUUGCCGUAUCAAGCCACAGAAAAUGCAGGAGGGAUGCACCACUCGACCUCGUCUACGAGCAUCAGCUCCACCACGCCAUCGCAUUACGAAACAGAGAUGCGCGGAUACCGCAGCAGCGGCACUGAGCGGCCAUGGGAAAUGAAUGCGAGUGACUUUGGCUCAUCGCGCAGCAUUCUCGGCAAUGAGUCGUCGAUUUCACUGAACUCUGUACGCAUGCGGAACAGCGAGGAGGAGACGAAAAGCAUGCGGCCGUUUUCCGCAGCAGCGAGUCGCGUUGCCGGGACGUUUUCGCGACUCACGAAGCUGCGCUCGCGCACACGCAAUGAGGCUAAUGUUGGCGCGCAGCUGCGUGCAGAACACGUCGAGCACGCUGUGGAGAUAGCGCCGGUCGCCGCGAUGCCCCCUCGCAUCGAGACAAUGUCUACGUCGAGCUUCGAUAAAGUGAUGCCCGCUUCCCCUGCCGAGUCGCUUGGCCAAACUAACACGCAUCAUCGCGGUCCGAGCGAGCGCUCUACCACGAGCAGCCUUGGAUCGGCGAGCAUGCGCGACAUGAAUGGUGCAGUUCACCGCAUGGCCCGGCCCAGAGAGCGCGGUGAAAAUCAGUCGAUGGAAGCCCAAUUCAAGCGGCUGGAACUAAUCGGUCGUGGCGCAUAUGGUGCGGUGUAUCGAGCGAUGCAUCUACCUUCGAAUACCUUGGUCGCACUGAAAGUGAUCGACUUGGACACGCCCGACGACGACGUGAGCGAAAUCCGCCGCGAAGUCAACCUGCUCAGCCAGAUGCACCACCUACACUCGAAAAAUAUUGUGCAGUAUUGGGGCAGCUGGCUUACGGGCCCGACGCUGUGCAUCGCGAUGGAUUAUGCGGAAGGCGGAAGUGUGCGCACGCUGAUGAAGGCGGGUCCUGUAGAAGAACGGCACAGUGUGGUCAUCAUGCGCGAGGUACUCGUUGCGCUAGACUAUAUCCACCACGCAGGCAUCAUUCAUCGCGAUAUUAAGGCUGCGAAUAUAUUGGUGAUGCGCACCGGCCAAGUCAUGCUCUGUGACUUUGGCGUUGCGGCCUCUUUUGUCCAUGGCGGCACGCGCGGAAAGCGCAAGACGCUGGUAGGCACUCCGUAUUGGAUGGCGCCCGAAGUCAUCCUCGAAGGAAAGACAUACGAUUACAAGGCGGAUAUUUGGAGUCUGGGCAUCACCGCGUACGAAAUUGCAACUGGAUCGCCGCCCCAUGCAGACCAUGAUCAGCAGCAGGUCAUUGCGAUGAUCCCGAAAAACAAACCACCGCGUCUUCCAGACGGCCCGUACUCGUCGAUGAUGCGCGAGUUUGUUGCGUCGUGUUUGGACGAGGAUCCAAAAGAGCGGCUCUCCGCGGCAGAAUUGGCGCGUGGGAAGUGGGUAAGGACGUAUGCCAAAGUGCCCGUUUCGGUGCUGCGCGAGUUACUCGUGCAAUAUUCACGAUGGACCCACGCAGGAGGAACGCGCACAAGCCUGAUCCAGCCGCGAAGCGAUCCGCUCGCAAAAACACUAAACUUGGAGCAGGACCAUACGGAAAGUACGCUGCCUGAAUGGCGUUUCAGUAUGCUCGAGGCGGAUACGACAGAGGGUGCGGCCGCACCGUCGGCGUUUGUGGCAAAUGACCACCCCCUCGCCCGAGUUUUUGACGCAGAAGGAGACAAGAAGCCUGAGCAAAAGCGCGGUGCACCGCCAGAAAAAGUUGCGACGCCCCUCGCAACAAGCGCAUCUGCCGCGUCUAUUCACAGCCUUACCACUGCACCGCCGCCUUCCGCCACGCCAAACCGUGCGGAGCGCCCUGCAGCGACGGGGUUCUCAGGGCACGGAACUAUCCCAUUCCGCUUUGGCUUAGGGAGUCGCGUAGAUGCCACGCCGCGCAGUGAGCCUGCGCAUUUUGAGCCGUCCACGCCCAGUCAUGACCUUAACGGCACGAGCAAAACAACGCCCAUGACCUCGCGCAGCCCCUCAUUUGCGACAAGCACGGACCUCAAGGCGGGAAGCAGUACGAGCCUCGCAGCGACACUCUCGAAUGCAUCCGCCACAGAGUCGAACUCGGCCCAAGGAUCGCCGGAUAGCGAGAAUAAUCUCUUGCAUCGCCCGUCCCCGGCUUUGCGGCGAGUCGGCCGCAUGCCCAGUAAUGUAGGCCUUCGCGCGCCACAAACACCGCUGCGACUUGUGUCCUCUUCCUCCUCCUUAAGCUUCGAUCCGCAGAACCGAGUGCGCACAUGGAAUGCCGACGCGCCCAAAUUCCUUGACGAGCCUUUUCCGGGAUUCAGACCGCAAGGCGCGAUUAGUCGCACGCGCAGUCGGAGUGGCAGUACGAGCGAGUUGCGUUCGCGCGUGGGCAGUGCCUACCAAAUGGCGCACUCGCUUUCCAGUCGACACCGGCCGUCACAAGAGCCGGCGGGCGUGCCUGCGCGUAACGACAGGGGCUUGCUAGCGCCAAGUGCGUCGGAUACGUCGCUCGCUCCUACCGCUGCUUCUCUUUUGCCUGGCCAGCCCGCAACGGCACCCGACGCACCCCACCAACGUAAACGGCAUGGCGGCUCUGAUCCGACGAUGAAUACAACUCCCUAUACGCGAUCUCCGCCCUCCAAAGGCGGUGUGCACAUCCGCGAAGCAUCGGAUCCGGUGACUACGUCGCUACACACCCCGGAAAAGCCGCCAGAGGCGCCGCCGGUCUAUGAUCCAGGCAUACAUGACGUAUUUAGCGUGCCAUCCUGGGACCCGUACAUGGGCCUUGAAGGUCCUACGCCGCGCCCGCUGGACUUUGCACGGCUAAUGAAUCGCCACGAGCUCCAUACAGAGCUCUUGCAAACGGUGCACGACCUUGGCACGUGGCUCGACACGCUCUCCAACGGCCUCGCCACCGUGUUGCACCCAGGUCUUCGUGUUGCCGCUCCUUUGAGCCGUGUCGCUGCUGCGCGUGGUUUCCGUGCCACACCGCAGACGCUUGCCGCGGGGCCUGGGUCGGUGCCGGCGCCUAUGGCCACUCCGCCGCGCCAGCUUGCAAAUGCUGGGAGCAACCAGUUGAGUCUUGAGACUCCCAAGAAUACCAUUGAAUAUACACUGUCCACUCUUGACAAGGUGGUAAACUGGGCACGCCAAAGUUCUGCGUGGCCCAUGACGUUUGGUCUUGCAUGCUGUGCCGUAGAGAUGAUGCACGCAUCGGGCCCUCGGUAUGACCAAGAUCGUCUUGGUAUCGUAUUCCGUGCCACCCCGCGUCAGAGUGAUAUUAUGAUUGUUGCAGGGACCUUGACGAAUAAGAUGGCCCCGGCUCUCCGGAAAGUAUACGACCAGAUGCCCGAGCCCCGCUGGGUGAUCUCAAUGGGCUCUUGUGCUAAUGGCGGCGGCUACUACCACUACAGUUACAGUGUUGUUCGUGGCUGUGACCGUAUUGUGCCCGUGGACCUGUACGUCCCGGGUUGCCCCCCUAGUGCCGAGGCACUCUUGUACGGUAUCCUCCAGCUCCAGCGCAAAAUCCGCAGGCAACGCCAGAUGGUACUUUGGUACCGCGAGUAA